CGUUACUUACACACGGUUACACCAAUAUGAAUUUCUAUACAUACAAAAAUAGUUAUGAUUAGAAAAAUUAAUUGUAGAAAUGUUAUAAAAAUAAAACAAUAUUAUCUCUGUUGUUAGAUUCUUUUGCUUUUUUUCUUUUAAAUAUCUUGUGUUUUCUUUUCUUCAUUCUCCCCUUCGCUUCUUCUUCCCAUCACUUCACACUUCUUCUUCUUCUUCUUCUUAGAGAGAGAGAGAGAGAGAUAAUGGUUCUGGGAAAGCGUCAUGGCUCUUUGAUUAAGAGAACAACAAGCAUGCUAAUGAUCACAGACGAUAUAGCCACGAUCUAUGACCAUGCAUCUCAGCCGUCUGAUCAUCUAACCAUGCAUCAGCAUCAUCAUAAUCCGACGGUGAUGAUGGCUACUAAUAACGAUGAUGACUUCUUGAGGACUUGUAGCCUCUGCAAUCGAAAUCUAUGCCAUCGUCGUGACAUUUAUAUGUAUAGAGGGGACAAUGCAUUUUGUAGCUUAGAUUGCAGAGAGAAGCAAAUUAAGCUUGACGAGAGGAAAGUGAAAAAUGGCGUUAGAGCAUUCAAGAAAACCGUUCGUAUUUGAUCGAUUAUGUAUCAUCUAAAAAAUAAUAAUAAUAAUUUUUCGUUGCGGGUGAAAUCAAUAUGUCUGGGUUUUGUAUAUAAGAAUAAUAGAGCUAAAAUAUAACAGAAAAUCUAAAAUGAGACGAAAUGAUUGUGUGAUCGAUAAUAAGCAUGAUAACUUAUGAGAUGUAGAGUAAAUUGAAGUUGAUUUUCGUGUGAAUUGUCUUUGUAUUGCGUAUAUGUAAUAUCAUUGUUAAUGUAUAUUUAGAUGGUCUA